GCUAAUAAUCUCAAAGGAAAAUAUGACAUUAUAUUUUCGUCGUUCGUUCGACGUUGUUAAUUUGAUGUUGUUUUUGUUGUUACAAGUUCUGAUAUUAGGAGGUAAUUUGAUUGGAAUAGUCCCAUGUAUGCAUUCUCCUUGGAAAAAUAUCCAACGAUAUAGGUAUACUAUCUCUCAAUCAAGUAUAGAAACCUUCAGACGAUGAUAUGGCUCAGUGGUUUUCUAGCCACCGUUUCUUUUCACCUCCAUAUGAAUGGAAUUCUAGCUACUGGUUAUUUUUAUCAUAUGGGUGUGGGCGCACUUACGUCGGACCAUUUUGAGCCGAGUACAAAAGACUUCGCUCACGGGCGGUGAACUUCGAAGUUACAAACAAACAGGAAUGUCAACCGAGAGUCAUUUUAAGGAAUAUUGCCUCAUUUUUAUUGAAGCUAGAUAGAUACCAUGAUGCCGGUGGCUUCUUCUUCAUCGCACCUGGAUAUAUUGUGGAAUAUAAUGAUAGACACCAUUCACACCAAACUGGUUAUAAGAUAGCGACGUAAUUCAAGGAUUCGUAUACUUAUUCAUGAAAGUUCUGGUUCAUUUGCAUAAUCAUGGCAUCCAUUAAUAUUCUACUGAUUUCUUUAUUGCUCCUUCUUCAUCCGACUGUGAGAUUAAUAGAGGCUGUGGCAAUUGUUAGUUUCCAGUUUAUUCAGUCAUACUCAUUGGUGCAAUCGAAUAUAGAUGAAUUCACAUCACAACUCCUUGUCGAUUUACAAACAAAGUAUAGUUUAACGAGUCAACAUAUCAAUAAUAUUCAAAUUCUCUCUUCACCCAGUGGUCGCAUCCUAGUAUCAUUUGAUCUUGAUAUAAACACAAGAAACAACACCUUAAUAGCAUCGAGAGACAGGUUGAAUAGAGAUUUAAUGGCGGCAAAUUAUGUGUUUGUGUUUACAAAUACAACGGGAACUGAAGAAGCCUUUCAGGUGGAUAGUAGCUCUGCAUCCUUGACACCAUCAUUCUGGGAUGGAUGGCAUCAAUAUGCUCCUGAUAUAUUCUAUGCGGUACUGGUAGCACUGGUCCUCUUUGCUUUGUUCUCUGUCGCAGUUUAUUGUUUGAUCGCCAAACAAAAGAGAGCAAAGAUGAAGAAGAGCGUUCACCAGGAGAAUGGAAUGACAGAUGGUCACGUGAUUGGAAUCGACAAUGACGGAUACGAAGCAGAAAUGACACAAGUCUACAAAAUAAAGAACACGGAAGCAUCUCCUAUUCCUGUGCAUCCACUUAGACCAAUGGAAACAUCACUCUCUGUGAUUUCGUCUUUGGAAACAACAGAACCUCAGUCUCCAGAUCAAUGGCAAGCGCCCCCAUCGGCGGAUUUACAAUCAUCAACAAAUCUUCAGACACAAGAAUUAUUACAAAUUCCACCAUCUAUUUCACCGUCGCAAAUGCAUAGACCAUUAGAAACCCAAACAGAUCGGCUCGAUGAAAUCCCUGAGACUCCAGACUUAAUCGAAUCUCGUCAAGAAGAAAAUGCAUUACAGGAGCCAUCAGCCUCUACCUCUGAGAAUCCAAGUCCUUAUAUUGUCCGUCAGAUGGUCUCUAUGUAUGAAUCCAUUCAUCCGAGUCGAAGAUCAUCUGUUCCAAAGCAAACCCCUUCAUUGAGCUUACCUCGUAGAUCUAAACAACUCGAUCAAUCACCAUUGAAUGUCUCGGCAAAGACUAAAGAGAGUCCUACACCUGAUGAAAAGCGCGGGACGUUACCGAAGGCCAACUGGAUAUCUUCAUUGCAAGGGUCUGUGAGGUCUAGUAUUCUUGGUUUCUCAUCGAGUGCCGCGUCAUCAAGACGACCAUCGAUCACUGGACCUUCUAUCUAUGCAAGGCUUCUUUAUGCUAGUUACUCGGUUCCGCCUAAUAAGAUCUAUGAUUAUAUUUGAGAAAGAAUACUUUUACCGUGGAUUGGAAUGAUGGAAUCAUGAUUUGUGCGACCUGGUGUUGAAGUAGGUC